AUGGCAGCCAUGGUUCCAGGCUCUCACACAAAAUCCGACCAGGAGCUCGCCAUCAACAUCAGAAAAGCUACAAGCGCUGAUGAGUCCGCUCCCAAGAGGAAACAUGUCCGCGCCUGCAUCGUGUACACAUGGGACCAUAGGUCUUCUCAAGCCUUCUGGGCAGGUCUAAAAGUUCAACCUCUCGUCGCCGACGAAGUCCAGACAUUUAAAGCUUUAAUCACCGUUCAUAAGGUUCUACAAGAGGGACAUCCCAUCACACUAAGAGAGUCCAUCUCGCAAAGAAACUGGAUCCAGAGUCUAGGCCGCGGCGUAACCGGCGAAGGAAUCCGUGGUUACUUGCCCUUGAUCAAGGAAUAUACCUACUACCUCCUCGCGAAGCUGUCCUUUCACCAACAGCAUCCCGAAUUCAAUGGCACCUUUGAGUACGAGGAAUACCUCAGCUUGAAGGCUAUCAACGACCCGAAUGAGGGCUACGAGACUAUCACCGAUCUCAUGACUCUCCAGGACAAGAUUGAGCAAUUCCAGAAGCUAAUCUUCUCCCACUUCCGUGGGGUUGGAAACAACGAGUGCCGCAUCUCGGCUCUUGUUCCCCUGGUACAGGAGAGCUAUGGCAUCUACAAGUUCAUCACGAGCAUGCUUCGAGCUAUGCAUUCAACAACCGGCGAUAAUGACGCGUUGGAGCCUCUCCGUUCCCGGUACAAUGCACAGCACUAUCGGCUUGUCAAGUUCUACUAUGAAUGCUCCAACCUCCGCUAUUUGACGAGUCUCAUCACCAUCCCCAAGCUUCCUCAAGAUCCGCCGAGCCUCCUGGCCGAAGACGACGAAGCCCCUGCCUUGCCGGCGCGACCGAAACAGGAAAUCGAACAAAAGCCGACGCCACCUCCUGCCGAACCGAAAACGAACGAGCCCGAUGAGAUUUCCGAGUUCUGGAAGAAGCAGCAGAGGGUCCUCGGGGAGAGGCAACAGACACAGCAAUUCGCCCAGCAGCAGGCGGCUCUCCAGGCGCAGAGGGAAUUCGAGGACCAACAGCGGCGCUUGCUGGAACAGCAGCAGCGCGAGCAAGAAGCCCUGAUGCAGCAACAGAUGCAGUACCAAACACAGGGUAGGCUCGCCGAGCUCGAACAGGAAAAUUUCCGGGCGAGAACCCAAUACGAGCAGGACCAGCUCAUGCUUCAACAGUACGACCAGAGAGUCAAGGCUUUGGAAGGCGAGCUUGCGCAGGUCCAGAACCAUUACGGCCAACAAAUCACGAGCAGGGACGAUCAGAUCCGAGCUCUUCAAGAACAAGUGAACACUUGGCGGACCAAAUACGAGGCCCUGGCCAAGUUGUAUUCGCAGCUGCGCCAUGAACAUUUGGAGCUGCUGAACAAGUUCAAGACGGUGCAGCUGAAGGCCGCGUCUGCGCAAGAAGCCAUCGAUAAGCGAGAGAAGCUCGAACGGGAAAUCAAGACGAAGAACCUCGAGCUCGCCGACAUGAUUCGGGAAAGAGACAGGGCUCUCCACGAUAAAGAUCGCCUAUCGGGCAGCAACAAAGACGAGGUCGAGAAGGUUAAGCGAGAGCUGCGGAUGGCACACGACAGGGCAGAUAACCUCGAGAGGAGCAAAGGCAACGAACUCUCUUCGAUGCUCGCCAAGUACAAUCGCGAGAUGGCGGAUCUAGAGGAGGCUUUGCGCAACAAGUCGCGGGCCCUGGAGGAUGCGCAGGCCAAGCUUCGCGAAGGCAACACAGACAUCGAGCAGCUGCUGCGCGACAAGGAGGAGGAACUCGAGGUCUACAAGGCCGGUAUGGAUCAAACCCUCAUCGAGCUCAAUGAGCUCAAGCAGAACCAGGGCGAGACGGACCAUGCACUGGACGGUCAGAUUGACGCGCUUAUUCUCGCCAACCUGGACAAGAUCAACGAUAUCAUCGAUUCGGUGCUCCAGACGGGCGUCCAGCGGGUGGAUGAUGCCCUUUACGAACUAGACUCCACCAUGCAAGCGGGCAAUCAGAACGCCUCUCCGUCCUACGUUUUGUCACAAAUCGAAAAGGCGUCGUCGAGCGCAAUGGAGUUCGCAACGGCGUUUAACAACUUCAUCGCGGACGGUCCCAACAGCUCGCACGCCGAGCUGAUCAAGGCCAUCAACGUCUUCGCAGGCGCCAUGGCGGAUGUGUGCAGCAACACCAAGGGCCUAACUCGACUGGCGACAGAUGACAAGAAGAGCGACUCGCUGAUGAACGGCACGCGGCAGUCGGCACUGUCGACGGUGAAAUUCUUCCGCGGUUUGCAGAGCUUCCGCCUGGAGGGCAUGGACCCGAUUCAGAAAACAGACGUGGUUAUUAACAGCAACAACGAUGUGCAGAUGAAUCUCCAGAAGCUGAACAAGCUCGUCGAGACGUUCGCCCCGGGGGCCGGGAAGUUGACGGGCAAGGGAGACCUGGGCGACAUCGUGGACAACGAGCUGAACAAGGCGGCCGAUGCGAUUGCGGCGGCGGCGGCGAGGUUAGCCAAGCUGAAGAACAAGCCCCGGGAGGGGUACACGACGUACGAACUCAAGGUGCACGACUCGAUCCUCGACGCAGCGACGGCGGUCACGAACGCAAUCGCGCAGCUCAUCAAGGCAGCGACGGUGACGCAGCAGGAGAUCGUACAGGCCGGGCGGGGCUCGUCUUCUCGCACGGCGUUCUACAAGAAAAACAAUCGGUGGACGGAGGGCCUCAUCUCGGCGGCCAAGGCGGUGGCUUCGUCUACCAACAGGCUGAUCGAGACGGCCGACGGGGUACUGUCGAACCGCAACAGCCCGGAGCAGCUGAUCGUGGCGUCAAACGACGUGGCGGCGUCGACGGCGCAGCUUGUGGCGGCAAGCCGAGUCAAGGCUGGGUUCAUGAGCAAGAGCCAGGAGAACCUGGAGCAGGCGAGCAAAGCGGUGGGGGCGGCAUGCAGGGCGCUGGUGCGUCAAGUGCAGAACAUGAUCAAGGACCGCAACCAAGAGGAAGAGCAAGUGGAUUACUCCAAACUGGGAGCGCACGAGUUCAAGGUGCGCGAGAUGGAGCAACAGGUCGAAAUAUUGCAGCUGGAGAACUCACUUGCGGCCGCACGACACCGAUUGGGCGAGAUGCGCAAGAUCUCGUAUCAAGAGGAGUAG